AUGUACUCACUCACCUGCGACGACGGCAUCCGUCUCGGCAGAGACGUAUACGUCCUCGACAUUCAAAGAACAUCCGCCGGUCUCGCAGCUAUCUCAUCAGACCAAUUCCUCUCUGUUCUCGACCCAACUCGUCUCUCAGCAGGUCCUCAGCACCAGCUUGCUACUCAGCAUGGUAACUUGACGACGUUGCGUGUGGUUGAUAGCAAUGCUGCUCUUGUUUGCACGGCGGGUGAGAAUGGGACUGUUGGAGUGUGGGAUUUGAGACAGGGUACCAGUGUUAUGCAGUUCCAAGCGAGUCAAGCGCCUAUUCUUUCUAUGGCUGCUAGUCUAGAAACACAGACCAUUGCCGUCGGAACAGAACUUCAGAACCACUCAGCGUCUAUCCAUCUCUGGGACGUCCGCUCGACCCCAACCGCCAAAGCACACUACCAAGAAGUCCACAGCGACGAUGUAACAGACCUCUCCUUCAACCCUUCUAACCCAGCUCUUCUCCUUUCCGGCUCAACCGACGGUCUAGUAAACGUCUACGACACCCGCGUCGAGGAUGAGGAUGACCUCACUGUGCAGACUUGCAAUGUCGAUGCUUCCAUUCACCGCGCUGCUUGGCUCUCUGCGACAGAAGUUGCGGCUCUGUCUCAUGACGAACGCUGCGCUUUGUACGAUGUGAGCGAAGAGCACGCAAACGGCGACGCUGUGCAGGAAUUUGGCGAUAUGAGAUCUGUGCUUAGAUGUCAGUAUGUCGCUGAUAUUACACCCAAGUUGGAUGGUAGCGGCGCUGUUCUCGGCGCUGGAGCUCAAGACAAACAAGCAUUUGAGCUUGUCUUCCUUGCCAAGAACCCCAAUGGGGAGGGAUGGGCUUUGGAUCGGGACAACAGUGUUGCUCUGCCAGGUGCUCAUGGCGAUGAGAUUGUGCGAUCCUUCUGCUUCUUUGAUGAGGCACAUGUUGUGUACACAGCUGGUGAAGAUGGAUUUGUCAAGGCCUGGAGGCCUAAUUGA